AUGGAGGUGGAGGAGGCGUUCCCGCUGGUGGGGCAGAUGGGGCCCUACCAGGUGUACCUGUGCGUCCUGCUGGCUGUGCUCCUCCAGCUCUAUGUGGCCACUGAAGCCAUCCUCAUUGCAUUGGUAGGUGCAACUCCUCCCUACCAGUGGGACCUCCAAGAGCUCUCAGCUAAUCAGAGCCACAGCAACCAGUCAGUGAGCGAGCAGAGAGCUUUUGGGGAAUGGCUUCUGACCGCCAAUGGCAGCGAGGUGCAUAAGCAUGUACACUUCAGCAGCAGCUUCACAUCAAUAGUCUCUGAGUGGUUUUUAAUUGGCAACACAUCGUACAAAGUCAGUGCUGCCAGUUCUUUCUACUUCAGUGGUGUGUUUGUUGGAGCAAUCUCCUUUGGCCAGUUGUCAGAUCGCUUUGGGAGGAAGAAAGUCUAUCUCACAGGUUUUGCCCUGGACAUCUUGUUUGCCAUUGCAAAUGGAUUCUCACCCUCAUAUGAGUUCUUUGCCAUCUCUCGCUUCUUGGUAGGGAUGAUGAAUGGUGGGAUGUCACUGGUGGCCUUUGUUCUACUGAAUGAGUGUGUGGGUACUGCCUACUGGGCAUUAGCAGGGUCUAUUGGUGGCUUGUUCUUUGCUGUGGGAAUUGCCCAGUAUGCUUUAUUAGGCUACUUCAUUCGUUCCUGGAGGACUCUGGCUGUUGUGGUUAACCUGGAAGGAACAGUCGUCUUUCUUCUCUCUCUAUUCAUUCCAGAGUCCCCUCGCUGGCUCUAUUCACAAGGCCGGCUGAAUGAAGCAGAAGAUGCCCUCUACCUCAUUGCGAAGAGGAACCGCAAGCAGAAGUGCACUUUUUCAUUAAAACUCCCAGCAGAGAGGAGCUCCAGAGAGGCUGGCAGCUUCUUGGAUCUGUUCCGAUAUAAGAUUCUCUUGGGACGCACCUUGAUCAUGAUGUUUACCUGGUUUGUGUGCAGCUUGGUUUACUAUGGUCUUACCCUUAACGUGGGUGACUUAGGUGGAAGUAUUUAUGCCAAUUUAGCCCUUUCAGGGUUGAUAGAAAUCCCAGCAUACCCAAUUUGUAUUUACUUGAUUAAUCAAAAAUGGUUUGGUCGGAAGCGAACACUGAGUGCGUUUCUGUUCCUGGGAGGACUGGCUUGUCUUAUUGUCAUGUUUCUUCCUAAAAAGAAAGAUACUGGAGUGUUUGCUGUGGUGAAUAGUCGCUCUCUGUCUUUGCUGGGGAAACUGACAAUCAGUGCUGCAUUUAACAUUGUCUACAUCUACACAUCGGAACUUUAUCCCACAGUGAUCAGGAAUGUUGGAAUGGGUGCCUGCUCCAUGUUUUCCCGUGUUGGUGGAAUCAUUGCUCCUUUCGUCCCUUCAUUGAAAUCUGUACAGUGGUCUCUGCCUUACAUUGUGUUUGGAGCGACUGGUCUUUUGUCUGGGCUCUUAAGUUUAUUGUUGCCAGAGACCUUAAACAGUCCUUUGCUAGAAACUAUUUCAGACCUGCAGGUAUGCUCGUACUGGAGGCUGGGUGAUGAAGCCAUGUCAUUGCAAGCCCUAGAUGGCUCACAGUCUGGAGACAAAGACAGUUCUGCAGGGAGUGGAAGUGAAGAUGAGGAGUUUUAUGAUGCUGAUGAAGAGACUCAUAUGAUCAAGUAAUGAAAA